AUGCUUAGGCGUCGCGCCCGUCGCAUCGGCAAGAAGGCCGAGAAGUACAAGUUCUCCCUCACGGUCCAGUAUGCGGACUUGCAGUUCCAGAGCGGCUGGACCCCCCCGCCGCUGGUGAUCCAAUGGUCGCGCAGCGGCCGGCAGGCGACGACCGAUGCCUCGGCCGUGCAUGCCCCCAUGUCGCCGGGGAACAUGCGUGUCACUUGGGACCAGCCGCUGGUCAUGGUGUCCACCCUGUACAAGGAGGCCGGGUCAGCCCUCUACGAGGUGAAAGACUAUGCCAUCCGCCUGUGUGAGGCUCGCGGGGACAAGGCCGGCCGACUCCUGGCACAGACGCACCUCAACCUGGCGGAGUAUGCUUCCAAGACGCCGCAGUACACCCACGUCACCCUGGCCCUGACGACGCACGCCGAGGAGGCGGCCGCGCAGAAGGGCAAGAGUGGCCUGGCGGCGGAGAUCCACCGGGCCAUUGUCGGUGUCACCAUCGGCUGCGAGGCCAUUGCCGAGGGGGACAGCAUCUCGGCCUUCGACUCGAUGUCCGACGUGUCGUCCAUCCACCAUGUGGACCAUGGCUUCGAUUCGGAUGAUGACCACUCCUCGCACAUGGGCUCGCUGGCCACUUUCAAUCAGAACAGCAGCGGCGGCGGCGGCGGCGGCGGCGGAUCGCUCACUCGGUCCCCCUUCUCGGCCCAGUCCCUGCCCCCGGCGCCGCAUCAGCUGCUGGCCGAGAAGUACGACGUGGCCACGGACCAGAUGUCGGCCGACCAGCUGCGCACUCUCUAUGCCGAGGCGCGCCUCAAGUACCAGGAGCAGAUGAUCAUCCUGGAGACGGACCUCUUCCAGGUGGAGAAGGAGCUGGCCAAGACCCGGGUUCGCCAGGCCGACGCGGCCUUCGAGCUGGAGUCCCAGCGGCACCUCCUGCGGAAGGUCCUGACUCCACCGCCAAGAUGA